CUAUGCCUUUCUUUGACAAUCAAUCAAUUGACAGUUCUUCGCGUUUAUUACGAGCACGUAUUUUGUGAUACAAUAUUAAAUUAUAUUACCGGGUCGAUUUUCCUGAGAGAACAUUACUCUUACUCAGUAACAUCUAACUAUUUAAUCACGACUCUAUUAAGAUUUUUCUCGAGAAUGGUGCAGAAAGGUCCUCGUCCGUUGGUGCUGUGUGGACCUUCUGGGUCAGGCAAGAGUACUUUGUUGAAACGCCUUCUCAAAGAAUUCCCGGAUAAAUUCGGGUUUAGUGUGUCGCACACCACAAGGAGUCCUCGUCCAGGUGAGAAGAAUGGUGUUCACUACCACUUCACCACCAAAGAAGACAUGAGCGCCGCUAUAGCGAGAGGAGAGUUCAUAGAGACCGCAACUUUCAGUGGCAACAUGUAUGGAACAAGUAAACAAGCUGUGGAUGAUGUGCGGUGCACGGGCAGGAUCUGUGUGCUGGACAUUGAGAUGGAGGGAGUGAAACAAGUGAAGAAAACUGAUCUCAACCCACUGCUGGUGUUUGUGAUGCCACCUUCCAUUGAGGAGUUGGAGAGGCGGCUGCGAGCUCGCAACACUGAACAAGAGGAUGCUUUGGCUAAGAGGCUGGAGACAGCACGCAAAGAAAUCGUGUUUGGUCAGGAGCCAGGGAACUUCCACAUUAUUAUUCUCAACGACAAUUUGGACAAGGCAUACUCGGAGCUGCGUGAGUUUAUAUCUCAAAACAUGGAGGAAAAGGAGAGAGAUGACAAGGACAAGAAUGGCGGAGACAACUGAACAACCUUUGCAUGAAGCAUGAUAUCCAUGGGAUACAUAAAGAUGUGCAUAAAUGUUAUCCUCUGUAUUUGAUAUUUUUAAAUUGGUGUUAGUUGUGUGUUUAACACUAAUAAUGGCCCCAAUAAACAAGCAUCUACAUGCUUUAAAAACAAAUCUAUGAGAAACUACCUCCUAUUAAAUUUUAAGUAAGUACACAGUAUUGUCAAAACCAUAAAAUGGUUGAAGGGACAGAAACCGAUAUCAAAUGUUUAGAAAUUGCUUAUACAUAUUUAGUGAUUGUUGUUCAUGUAAUCUACAUGUUUUGAAUGUUAGAAUGCAGUCACUUUUAUAAUAAUAUAUAUGCGCAGCAUGUAUUUUUGCAAUUUUCAAUUAAUCACUUGUCUUUUGACUAAAAAGCAUAAUAAUCCUUGUCAUGAAAAGGAAGCUUCAAAACCUUGUAUGUCUUUUUAACUUUCUAGUAUUACACAAUAUUUCGUAACACAGAAACCCAAAUUCUUGAAUGAAUUUACCAUUGUUUUAAAGUAACUACCACUUUUAGAGAACUUAAUCAUAUAUCUUCUGAACUGAAAUGUUGUGUACAUACUAAAUGAAACUAUACAGCCUAGUCUGAGCUUUACUAUUUCGUGGAGUUUACCUAUAUUAUGUAGUUCAAAUGUUAUUAUUAUAUUACGGUCAGUACAUAUAAGUAAUGGAACCAAGAACCAACUGUCAUGUUUACAAUAUGCAUUUACUGUUAAAACACUUGGGAAUUAUAUGAAUCUCACACCAAAAAUACCUUGCCAUAUUUGCGAUGAUGUAAGCAUUUGUCCCUUAAAAGACAUUCCAUAAAUAAAAUAGUUCACUAUAAAAAAAUAAUAUGAGUUAGCAAUACUUAAUUACCAGAUUAAUGAUUUUAUUUUAAUAAAAUAUUAGAUGUAAGUUUUAUAUUAAUAUAAUAUCAUUCUGGACCUGCUAUUUUUCGUGCCAAAUCUAUUACAAUUCCAACGAUUAAUAAUAAUCAUGCAAUUAAUGUAUUAGGCGGAACCUAAAGAUAGUGAAGAUUGCUUUUUGUGUAUAUUUCGUUUCAGUUUUAACUUGCACUAGGGAUUUGCAUUUUAUAUCGUUACACUAGAGUAGGUCUUAAACUAUAUUCAAGCUUCUAAUAUAGACAUUAGUUAAUCUAAAUAUAAUAGAUUGGUUGAUUUUUCAAAUAUUUAUGUAAUGUUUAAAUAAAUGUAACUUUUUCUGCUUAUAGCUGUUCUUCGAGGAUUCUAAGAAAACCGGCGCUGAAAUAUCCUUACUUAUCUGAUAAAUAUAUGUAUUAGUAUUAUUUGCUAAUUAAAUACUCGUCAAUCAGAAUGUAUCACCUCUGCUUUGAUGGCAAUGUGUAAGAGAUAAAGUUAUCAGCAAUUGUUUGUCACUAAAAGUGGAUUCAGUGAGGAGUUACAUUCUUGACAAGUAGUGUUAUAUUUUUGUGGGGCUUAUUUUUAUAUAACUAUCAAACUCUCCAUUUUGGUGUUCAAUUUAAACCAUUCCAAGAAACUAGCAAUGCUGUACUGCUAUAUACAUGAAAUUAUUGUGAUUUGCAUAAUUUUUACUAUUUAUUAACUUGCCUAUUUAUUUAUUCCAAAACGGGGUUGCGUUUGCAAUUAAAAAUUUACGCGGAUUGUAUGCAUUAAGUGUUGUCUGUAUAGAAAAUAAAAACAUUGAAAUCAA